AUGGCACCGCAACUCACAGAAGAAGAGAUUGAUGACCUCGUUUAUUUUGCUCGCGCUGGUGAGGAUGUUGACCUCAUGGAGACUGUGACGGCGCUGGCCGAGCGUGAAAAGGCUGCGCCCGCCGUCAUUCUCAUGGCGACCAAGGACGAAGGCAAAUCCACAGUGCUACACAUGGCCAGCGGCAACGGACAUUUAGAAACCGUUCGCAAAGUCAUCCAGUGCUUUGACGAAAGACCAAAAGAGGAGAAGCAGGCAUUUUUGGACGAGCCCAAUGAGCAUGGCAACACCGGGAUGCAUUGGGCGGCACUCGGUGGCCACCUGGAUACGGUGAAGCUGCUCAUGGAGCACGGCGCCUCGCCCGCGCUCGCCAACGAGCGCGACUACGUGCCGCUGGACUUGGCCAACCAGAGCGAGAAGACUGAGGUUUCGCAGUAUUUCCUGUCUUUCCUCAAGAAGCUUGAGAGUGAGAACACCGACGAGGGUCUGAACAACGCGACGGCUUCCAUCGAGGUGGAGGAGACUGUGGAGGAUGGCAAGCCCGAGGCCAGCUCAUAA